UGUCAUCAUCAAAAUACCCUUCAUUAGAUAAAUGCAUGAAUGUUAGCAGAAUUUUCUGAUUGUUGGUUUUGGUCCAACUCCAGGUAUGUUAGCAAGGGAGAUUUAACAAUGUGACUAAGAUUUUUUGCCUGGUUGGUGAUGAGGAUGCUUAAAGGAAGCCAAGGAAAGGCCUCAUUCACUAGCGAAAAUGAAGUCCUUUUUCUCACCAAACUCCCAUUGAGUUUGAGGAUGGCAAGCCUUUUUGCUUGCAUUGGCAGGUACCCCACUUACAUAUAAGAAAAUGUUCAUCUUACCUACCUGGCUUGUGGGCUAAGGCUCAUUUAAAAUUUUGACUGUCUCAUUGAUUAUGUUUGAUCGUUAGCUUCCUUUUGGAAGAACAAAAACAAUACAGGUAGUACUUAAAAUUGAAACAGAGUUAGGCACCAACCCUCUUAGCAAUCUAACAUACAAAGCAUGCUUAAAAACCUACAUUCGCAUGCAAGCCACAAUCAACUCUCUCUUUCUCUCUUUUCUUCAAGCUUCUGCAGCUCAAAAUCUCUCUCAAAUAUCUCUUCUGCAGCCCUCUCACUGUUGAUUUUCAUGGUCGCUGUUUGUUGUAACUUGGUGUGCUUUAUGGUGACUUUAUGGAGUUGUAGGAGCCCUCUGUCAAUAAUCUUGUAACUUACUUGUACUUUUUCAAAGGGCUCCUAAAACUCCAAAGUUUUCUACUUCUUUUGCAGAUGGGAAAGAUGUCAAACUUCCAACUGGGUGUUAUUGGCGCCCUGUUUCUUUCAGUUGCAUCAUCUGUCUCCAUUGUCAUAUGCAACAAAGCUUUGAUGAGCAAUCUUGGCUUCCCUUUUGCAACAACACUCACUAGCUGGCAUCUCAUGGUAACAUUUUGCACCCUUCAUGCGGCACAACGCGUCAAUCUGUUUGAGAAUAAACCAAUUGACAUGAAGACUGUGAUGCUCUUUGGCAUCCUCAAUGGCGUUUCCAUUGGAUUUCUCAACUUGAGCCUUGGAUUUAACUCCAUUGGAUUCUAUCAGAUGACCAAACUUGCAAUCAUACCAUUCACUGUAUUAUUGGAAACUGUCUUCCUAAAAAAGCAAUUCAGCCAAAAGAUAAAGCUGUCCCUCUUCCUUUUACUUGUUGGAGUUGGCAUUGCCUCUAUAACUGAUCUCCAACUCAAUUUUGUUGGGACAAUCGUUUCUCUCCUUGCCAUCGCAACGACCUGUGUUGGGCAAAUUCUGACAAACACCAUACAGAAGAGGCUCAAUGUCUCUUCAACCCAGCUGCUGUACCAGUCAGCCCCAUUUCAAGCAGCUAUUCUGUUUGUCUCAGGCCCAUUGGUAGAUCAGUUCCUCACCAAGCAAAAUGUGUUUGCUUACAAAUAUUCCCCUAUAGUCUUGGCUUUCAUCAUCCUGUCAUGCAUUAUUGCUGUAUCUGUCAACUUUAGCACAUUUCUGGUUAUUGGCAAAACAUCCCCAGUCACAUAUCAAGUUCUUGGCCACCUCAAGACUUGCCUGGUUCUUGCCUUUGGCUAUACACUGCUGCAUGACCCCUUUACAGGCAGGAACAUCGUUGGAAUCCUGAUAGCCAUUUUUGGGAUGGGCUUGUAUUCAUAUUUUUGCACCCAGGAGAACAACAAGAAACAAGCUGAUCCAUUGGGGUCUCAGAUGAAAGAAAAGGACGCAACACCAUUUCUGGCACCGGAGAAAGAAGACCAUGAAGUUAAAAAUUCAGACAAGGAUUCCCUUGUCUAAAGCAAAACAUGAUUUUGGUAUAAAGAUUUUCUUCCAAACAUUUUGUACCUCAAGUCUAAAUGACUUUGAUUCUUUAAAUAAAUCACUCAUUUCCAAUUCAUCUGACCUUCCUCUUCAAAGCUUAUAGUAAAAUUUAUGGAUCCAUUAGCAAAUUGUGUCAAUUCAGCUUCAUUGUUAGCAUUUCUUUGGCAGUGAAAAUUGCUAUACAUAAAUGAAAA